AAUGAAUCAACGUUCUGCGUUCUGUUGCUUUUCCGAUACAAGAUCAAUCGAACCACGACUAUCAGCACGUGAACCAGUACAGAUUAACUUAGUUAAAUAGUGCUGCUCAAAAUGCGCCGUUAUCAGAAGUGGUUGUAUAUCAAUUAAAACAGCAUCGAUCAUUCCCACUAAUAUCCGAUUCUUGCACGAAUGUGAAUAUAAAUUACUGUUUUCGUUGUUUGCUGGACAUCACGAAUAUCGAAAGCUACUAGCCACUCCAGUUUUAGCGGUGGAGUUCGGUGCUACUCUGCAAGUAUUAUACCGGUGGUAGAAUAGUGCGAUUCGAACUUUUGACUGGCCGGUGUAGUCUGUUUUUCGAUACGGUCCCUAGAUUUUAUUUUCGACUGUUGUAUCAACAUGACGGAGGAAUGGCACCAUCAGCCCCUGAAGAAACAGACUACUUGUUUACACAUACGAAGUGUGGCUUCCAUCGAUAUUGAGUUCGAAGAUUUGAAGUAUACUGUACCACAAAAAAAUGGAUCUAGGAAUAUUCUCAAGGGAGUUUCUGGAUGCUUACGAUCUGGAGAGCUGACUGCCAUCAUGGGUCCUAGUGGAGCUGGAAAAUCGUCCCUUCUCAAUAUUUUGACUGGUUUCAGAGAAGCAGAAGGGACCAUAAGAAGCAGAAGGGCAUCCUGUAGUGGAAAAGGAGUGAAAAAAUAUGCCAAACAUUCUUGUUACAUCCUACAGGACAACAGUUUAGACCCUCUUUUCACAGUGGAAGAGACCAUGAAUUUCGCUGCAGAUCUCAAGUUGAGCCGUGAUGUCUCGAAGCAAAAUAAACAGCAAAUUGUGUAUGGUAUUCUAGAAGCUCUAAAACUGCUACCUUGCCGAAACACAAGGUGUAGCAUGAUUUCCGGUGGUCAGCAGAAGAGGCUUUGUGUAGCCUUAGAACUUAUAGGAAAUCCAUCCAUUAUGUUCCUAGACGAGCCUACAACGGGAUUGGAUAGUGCUUCUUCUCAUCAGGUGAUAUCUAUGUUGAAGUCACUGGCAGAGCAAGGCAGAAACAUAGUCUGCACUAUUCAUCAGCCAAGCGCAGCUUUAUUCGAAUUAUUCGAUUUCAUUUAUGUGGUGGCAGAUGGUCGGUGUAUUUAUCAAGGUUCCAGUAGGAACGUAGUUUCUUAUUUGGCCUCAUUUGGUCUCAAUUGUCCAAAAUAUCAUAAUCCAGCUGAUUAUCUUUUGGAAGUAGCUAAUGGUGAUUAUGGCGAUUUUACCGAUGUUUUGGAGAUCAAAGGAAGGGUAAAUACUUGGAGAAACAUAAGAAAAGACGAAGAUCUGACUGAAAGAAAUAUACCUUAUAAAGAAAUCGAAGAUGAUCAUUUAAGUACAGGGAAUUCACCUUCUGAAUUGUAUAAGUUAUGUAUUCUUAUGAAAAGAUCGAUAAAGAAGAUGAAAAGAGACUGGACGAUAUCAACACUUAAAACAUUCCUACAUUUAUGCGUGGGAAUAUUUUUAGGAUUGACUUAUUUGAAUGUUGGUAAUGACGCUUCAAAAAUGAUAAAAAAUUUAGGGUUUCUACUGGUGACGAUUGUUUAUUUAGGAUAUACUUCUUUGAUGCCUGCCGUUUUGAAAUUUCCAGCAGAAUUGAACAUUUUGAAAAGAGAACGAUUCAAUAACUGGUACAAUCUCAAGACAUACUAUACGGCCUUCCUCUUGAUAGACUUACCCAUGCAAUUGAUAUUCGUUCUUGCCUACAUUUCUGGAUCAUAUUUAUUAAGCGCCCAGCCUCUCGACCUGUCCAGGUUUCUGAUGGUGGUACUAGUGCUAUUUUUCGUAUGUGCUGUGGCCUCAAGCAUGGGAGUAUUCUUUGGCACUAUAGUUAAUCCCAUCAAUGGGACCUUCUUUGGAGCCAUAACUCUAGCUCUGAUGCUGUCCGUUGCGGGAUUCUUACUGCUCUUCACUCACAUGUCCAAUGUCAUGUACUCAUUGACUUACAUCUCCUAUUUGAGCUAUGCAAUGGAUGCUCUUGCUCAAAGCAUCUACGGCUACGACAGACCAGCAGUACCUUGUCCAGAAUCAGAAGAAAUCUGUCUGUUCGUGUCCCCAAUAGAACUACUCAGAGAGGUUGGCAUGGACAAACCGAAUUUCUGGAAUGACAUUGUAUUCUUAGGUUGUAAUAUGAUUUUCUUGCGAUUAGUGUCCUUCUGCACCCUGAAGAAAACGUUAGCUAAAGUGUGACCUGGGCUUAGCGGUGAUAAGAAUCUGUGAUGGAAUAGAUAGGAAACGUUCUGCAACUACUUCAUAUGGAACGAUUUCUCUGAUAUUGAAGUAAUUGUUAAGAGAAUAAGAUUGUAAAUAUAGUUUAUUUUUAAUUGUCAAAGUAUAGACUUAGUUAAAACAAUGUUAUCGAUCGUAUAUUUCCCCAUGGAGAAAUAAAUAAUUUGGUUAAUA